AUGGAAGGUUCGCUGAUGUGCCACACCGAAGCGUUCUUGAUGCACACUGAUGAGGCGCUGAAGCGGAUUGGUCUCAGCGGCACCUACGCGGAUCGCGAGGCGCGCCACAUCGAGGAGGCGUUCACGUGCCUGCCGCCAACGGCCGUCAACGUGCUCCUGGUGUACCACGUGAUGUUCGUCCAGCAGUUCUCGGGCAUCGGCGCAGCGCCGCCGUACAUCGCUGGCUUAGCGCAGGCCGCGGGAGUGACCGUGUCACCGGCGGCGUUCGCCGUUCUGCUGUCAUCGCUGCAGGUGCGGGGCGGAGGCUGCCGACAGCCUCGCCCAAGGGGCAGCGCGGGCAUCUCGCGGUGCAUAGUAACGAUUUGUCACCUGAGGCUCUCACUCAUAUUUUCUUUAUUGCAUGUUUUACUGCAGUACUUUUAUGAAAAGCCACCGCGGUUUCGUGGUUGGCGUCUUGCAUUGCAGCUUGUGAUGACCGUCGUCUCUGCGGCUGUCAUGGACGUGCUGGGUCGACGCAGACUCUUCCUCGCGUCUGCGGCAGCAUGUGUUUGCUCGCUGUUCGCUGUGGGCACCGUCAGCUCGUGGGGCCGCGGCAAAGAACCUCACCCGGUGGCUCUGGCCAUCGAGCUGGCUCUGCUGGUAGCGUAUGCGAUUGGCUACUCCUUCGGUCUCGGCCCAGUCACGUGGCUUCUCGCUGCUGAGAUGAUCCCCUUGCAGGGUGCUGGCCUCCUGCUGAGCCUAGCGUUCGCCUUCAACUGGCUCAGCUUGUUCGCUGUGACGCUGUUCUUGGACGGGGUCCGAGAUGCGCUGAGCUUCUCUGGCUGCGGCUGGUUCUUCAGCGCUGUCACACUGGCGGGCACUUCGCUGGUGUACUGGUUCGUGCCAGAGACCAAUGGCCGCAGCCUCGAGCAGAUACUGAUGGACGUCAAUGCGGAAGGCGAAUAGUAUCGCUCACUCAUCUCGCGCCAGAACUCGCCUUUCGUGAAGCCAUGAUUGAGAAGCGGACCCACCAUAGGGGGUCCGCGUUAGAUUAGGUAUGCGGUUACCAAUUAAGUAACGAAUCUAACAAAUAACCGGUCAGAUGACCUGAUAUGUUUUAAGUAAGCGAUCUAAACUUUAAAUGUAUACAAGCUGCAUGUCAAUAAGAUAUUUUAAAGAUAAUAUGUACAAAUGCACGUGCGUGUGGUUCUACAAUAUGGGCCCCAUCCGGAUGCGCGCUCGCGCACUAGCACGCAUGCGCGUGUAACUUCCACUAACUGCCAGUUCUACAUACAUGACAAGUUAAUAAAGCUUUUGUUUUGUUGUA